AUGAAAAUCAAAGACGGUUCUACAUUCUUAACCAUGGGAGUGGAUGACACCUUGUUAAAUUCGCAGACAGCUAUUUCCAAGCAUGCAUAUUUUGAUCUCACUGGUGUUUCCCCAUUGGUCUUUUUGUAUCUCCUCAAAGGAUGUUAUGCAUAUGGGACAUGUAAAGCAACCAUGAAGUUUCGUGCAUUACAACAACAACUGCAUCUGGUUCUUCUCAACAAUCCUCAAGUUGGGCCCUCAACUCUAAUUGCUAACUGCCUCCACAUGCUGCCCAUAUUUGAAGCAUAUUGUGAUGGUUUCAGUCAUUUGGUACUAUCUGCCCUUGCCCGUUACCUGAAAAUUAGGAAAAAUGAUGAGGAUACAGUCAUGGCAAAAAUUCGUGCCGCCAGAUUAUUUUUGGACAUCAUUGGCGGUACUGUAGCUCACGAUGAAGGGAUUCUAAUUAAAAUCAUUAAAGUUUUUGGCGUGAGUUUAACGGACAUCAAUAAAGUGAUUUGUGAUCCAAAAGCCGACGCAGCAAAAAACUUCGUUGAACAGUAUGCUUUAAAGCUGAUCGAAUCUGAGUCGUAUAUGACUGCUGUUGACCUUUUGACACACUUCUCUAUCUUCCAGUUGGGCGAGUCAUUUUUGCUGAAAUUGAUUGAGCACCGUCAGUUGAAAGCAGCGGAGAAGUGGGCAGCAUUUUUGGGGAAGCCGAUGUUGUGUCUUCUCGUGCAGGAAUAUGUUGACCAGAAACAGUUGAGAUCUGCUUAUGAUGUUAUAAAGAAAAAUAAUUUGCGUCAGGAGUUUCCGGAACUCUAUCAUCAGAAUACUCUGUUCUAUAUUCUCGUGAUAAUUUUGGUACAUGAUUUCAGCUCAUUGAAGAAGCUGGCGGAAAAAGGGGUCUGGGAGAUAGCAGAAGCAAGGGCCAAUGGUGAUAGACAACUUCUUGAAUAUUUGGUAUAUUUAGCAAUGGAAGCUGGCUAUUUUGAAAAGGUUGAAGAGCUUUGUGAUCGCUAUUCUCUAAAAGGUUUUAUGAACUUCAAAGUGUCCGAACCAGACCUGCACCGUCGCUAUUUGACCCUUCAUGAAUUAAAUAUUGAGGAUGUUUGUUGGGUUGAUGAGGUCAAUAGUUUGCGUGAUGCAAUAAGCUACUUUGAGGAAUGCAAAGUUGUUGGUAUUGACUGUGAGUGGAAACCUAACUUUGAAAAGGGCAGCAAACCUAGUAAGGUUUCUAUAAUGCAAAUUGCCUCUGAGAAGAAGGUUUAUAUAUUAGACCUUAUCAAGCUCUCUAAAGAUGCUCCAGGUGUCCUUGACAAAUGCCUUUCCCGCCUAUUGCACUCUCCAAGCUACAAUUUCCAAUGCGACAUACACCAGCUUUCACAUUCUUAUGGAGAAUUGAAUUGUUUUAAGCACUUUGAGAUGCUGCUUGAUAUCCAGAAUGUGUUCAAGGAACCAAGUGGUGGUCUUUCUGGGUUAGCAGAGAAAAUAUUGGGAAUCAGUUUGAACAAAACUAGACGAAACAGCAAUUGGGAGCAACGGCCUUUAACACAUUACCAGCUCGAAUAUGCUGCUCUCGAUGCUGCCGUUCUCCUUCACAUAUUUCGGCAUGUGGGAAAACAGUCCCAAUCUACGGCUACUUCAGACGAACAUAAUGCAAAGAUUGAAUGGAAAUCACACAUAGUUUCACAUAUGGACAGCUCAAAACAGCAAAAGGUCACUAAAACUGGACAAUUGCCAAAGGGUUCAAGAAAGGAAAGCAGCUGAUUAGGUUGACUCUACUCAAUGAGAAUAGUUUUGUGUUCUUUGAAUUUGAUACAUUUUUAUUAUAAAUAGGAUAAAAAAAAAAAAGAUAAUGAUGCUGAAGCUAUCCAAAUUAGAGGCUAUUUUUACCUGUCUACUAAUCAUGCAAAAGAGGAAAGAGAAGUGCAGAGGUUAGAUCUCACUCUGGGAGGUGCCAAGUGCAUCCUUUUGUAUAGAUAUGAUUUUGUAUAAACAUGAUGUGAAGUGAUGGUUAGUUA